AUGCCUAUGGACGCGGCAAACAAUUAUUUCGAUGGUAACACCAACAUCUGUGGCCACAAUACUUGUAUUGACUGCGAGACACUGGGCAGCAAUGAUCAGAGAAAGAUGUUGCUGGACUAUAUAUAUGUGCGUGGUGAAGCUUUUCCCCGCGACGCCGAUCGAUAUGAGGCCAAGAUCGUUAUGAACAAGAAGUACAAUGCCUCUGAAGACUAUGAGGGUGUGCAUAUUUCUGAUCACUAUGGUGUUCAAGUCAUCAUGAAUCCUUGA